AAAGAAAAGCAUUGAGAGAAGAAAAUUCUGCUCAAAGAUCUCAAGACAUCUUGCUUGAAGAAAGACUAGGAUGUCUUGAAAGGGCCCAAUCAUCUGAAGCCUUGUCUGAACAUCUUGAAAGGGCCCAAUCAUCUGAUGCCUUGUCCGAAGAAAGACUAGGAUGUCUUGAAAAGACCCAAUCAUCUACUGGAUGGGCCGCUGCGCAGGCGGAAAAUCAUACUACAUUUGACUGUGAUAGCUCCAGAAGUAAAUUUGCUAUUUAUAAUAAACUCACUAAAUGA